UUUUUUUUUUUUCCCCUGCAACGUCCCGUCGGAGGACGGUCGGACAGAGUUAACACUCCCGGGAUUCACUGCCAUUUUGAAGAGAACCGAACCGACCUGCUGUCAUCUGCGUCCAUCAAAUUUAAGUGAUGACCUCAACGAGUGAACCAUCUAUGUGAUUUUUGUGUGUGCUGAGCAGCAGUUUCUCUUCUGCUCGCUUACCAAUGAGUCGACACUUUGCCUCCGGAAAUGGGUCAUCGCAUUCUCUGCACUUGAUAACAGUGACUGUGGUCAAACCAACCAUCAAAUAUAAAACUCAUUCUGCGUUGUCAAAACAAAGCAGGAGCUUUUGUUUCGAAGUGCUAUCAGUCAUGUGUUCCACCAAUCACUCGAACUGGGUUACAUUUGAAGAUGACAACACAGCACUUUCCUCACCACAGAAGCCCCGACAGUCAACGGGGUGUAUCAAAGCGGCACUACCACGCCCCAAUGGUCUCAAAUUAGUGCUUCCUCCUAUCAGAGACACUUCCUGGAGCUUGAACAGCUCCCUGGAAUCUCCUCAAAGCCAAUCAAGUGUCAGUGGAAGUUCAUGUGUUUUGAGUAACACGCCCCUCCACACCCCCGCGAGUGGUGUUUCAAGACUCGGGUCUCCAUUUCGCUCCAACUCCAGAGAGGAAAGCAACUUCUUCCAGCGCUUUACCAGCACAUCUCCCACUUCUACUCCCUCUCCUGCACCAGAAACCCCGAGUCUGAGUUCAGAUGGAUCAAACCCCUUCCCUACUUACCAGGCAAAGUCAGGACACUUGAACCCUUUCUGGGACAGCUCUGGACACAGCAUUGAUGCGGGCAGCUCCUCCUCAGACUCAGAGCCUGACAACAGUCUACCGCGUUUCUUUAUACGGACCAAAGAUGGCCAUGAGCCUCCACGUGAUCACCUCCAGAACACUUUGUCUUUUGUUUGCAACAAAAUGGAAGGCCUCCGAGCAGAAUCGGAUAAUAACGGUGAGACAGAAAACUACAAGAGAGAUGAACGGUCACUCAGUUCAAAAUGUGAGGUGAUAAGCGAGGGACCUUCUCAGUUUGUCCCCCGGGGCUUGUUUCGUAGCCACAAGAGAGAUGGUUGGCCUGUGAUGCUCAGGAUUCCAGAAAAAAAGAAUCGCAUGUCGUCAAGACAGUGGGGGCCCAUCUACCUCCGUUUGUUACCAGGAGGUGUCCUGCAGAUGUAUUAUGAGAAAGGGCUUGAGAAACCCUUCAAAGAGUUCCAGCUCCUGCCUCAGUGUCGGCUCUCGGACCUCAAGCUAGAAAGUUACAGCGAGCCUCGCAAAGUUCUCACAGUGAAAGUCGAACAUUUCACCUACACCGAAAAGAAACGCUACCACCCCAAGCUGGAGGUGAAUCAUGAAGCAGAAGUCGAACAACUCCUCAAGUUUGGCUCCACUGUACACAAAGACAUGGAGGACCUGGUGGUGUCCAUGGAAGAGGAGAUCGUUAAGAUGCCACUACCCCACCAGCCUAGGCGGAGUUAUGAGGAGCAGGAGCUGUCGCUGCAGAUCACUGACCACAUCUGGAUACAACAAGAUAAGUUUGGAGGAGUCAUGGAGCGGACUGCCUUCACUCAGGUUCACUGUCUUGCUUUCCUGAAUGGAGUCGGCGAUUGCUUCCUCGCUCUAAACGACCUAGGCCUGUUGCGUUCAAAUGCGAGUUAUGGAUCUGAAGAUGACAAUGAGCUCUGGAUGGAGAUCACAGACUGCCACCUCCACAAGUGUGUGAAUGAGACCGAGUUUCACAUGUCCAGACUGAUAAAGUUCAGUCCUCCUGAUGCUUGUCGAGUGGAGCUGAUGCGGUACAAGACCAUGUAUUUGGGUUGCACAGAAAUUCCUUUCUCGAUAAAAGCUGUGGUCACCGUUCAAGGUGCCUAUGUUGAGCUACAGGCCUUUCUUAACAUGUCAGGAACAUUCCUCUCCGCCACGGGGGUGUCGGACACGUAUCCGCUGUGUGAGAAUGUAGAAUUGCGUGUGCCGGUGCCAGGCGAAUGGGUCAAAGUGACACAAACUGCGGCCUUGCUGCGGCAGAAGUCACUAAAGGCCCGCAUGAACAGAAAUGCCCGCUUGGGUUCCUUCAGCAAUGCGCAGUGUCAGCCUGUCAUGCAGGUGUCGGUCGGCAGCGUCAAGUACGAGAAUGUCUAUUCUGCUGUCGUCUGGAAGAUCGACAGGCUCCCGGCAAAGAACACAGCAAUCGACCACCCUCAUUCAUUCUCCUGCAAGUUAGAGUUGGGAUCUGAUCAGGAAAUUCCAAGCGACUGGUAUCCGUUCAUCACAAUGGAAUGUGAGAUCGUGGGUGCUGUCGUGUCACAGACUACAGUCAAGUCACUGGGCACAGUCAACGACAUCCAGCCACAGAAACACGUGACUAGCUGGACACGCUAUCAUUGUCAGGUGGAAGUGGAGAAGAAAUGGAUUGAAAUCGAGUCAAAGAAGGAAUCCAGUUGUAUGACACAGUGAUGAUCAAAGAAACUCCUUUUUUUAAAUAUGAAUUUAAGACUUUAAGGGACUUUAUUCCUAAUAUUUCAUGUCAUACUUAACUAAUUUCACAUUGCUUGGUAUUACCAGUAUUGCUCAUGAAGGUUUAGUGCUAUAACUAAGACUGCAUGUGUAAUCAUCGUAACACUUGCACUUUACAUGUAAUUGUUAAAAGUGGAAUAACAUGUAUGAGAACUGUGUUUAGGCUUGCAUUUCUAUCAUCUGCACUGCCCUCUAGAUCAUUUUCAGCCUAAAUAAAUGAAUAGGCUGAGAUUAUUAAUGAGCAGUAUUCGCUGUUUGGGAUAAGUAGAUUUCCGUCGGGUUUGCAAUUACUAAGUGUUGCACACUUGAAUUAAUUAUAGUUCAUGUUAAUCAAAAGUUUUGACUCAUGCUCUAAGCAUCUUUCAUUCCACAUUGCUCAGAGGACAAGUAAGUCAAUUAACUUGCACUAAAAUAUGGCAAAUGCUUGACAUCAUCCAGAAGAAAUAACAUGAAAACGGAAACACCUCGUGGAAGAAUGACUUCAUCUAUCACAGUGAUGCAACUAGCUGCUUCAUUUUGUCUAUAACUUGGACUCGUUUGACUGAACUAAAUGAAUUUUAGUUGCAAUGACAAAGCUGGUUGACAUUUUUUUUUUUUGCAUUGGUCUUAAAAAUUGCCAAAUGAUUACACAGUCAAAGUGUAACAAAUGUUUUACACAGGGAAUUGGCAAAUCGUGUAUUUAAUUAUGCAUCUUAUGUCUGUGCACAACUGCUGCUGCAAAGUCCCACGACUAACACUCAUGGUCUUAAAUUACGCAUAACUAUUUAACAUACUGCCAAGACAGUUUUAAUGAAACCCCUUUUUUUUUCGGCAUCCAUCUCAUCCCAUGUGCUGCUUCAGUUUGCCUUUAAGUCUUUAUCAAAGUUCAGUUCUGGCGGAAUGUGUUUUCAUUGAAUCAAAUGUUAUGCUUUGUAUUUAACUGUUCAGCCUGGUCACAAUGAACUCAGAGGCCUUCAUUUAAGACUGAUAAGCAGUAUGCGCUACCCAAAUCCUGUCCUACCAAAGUAAAAUGGGAAAUAAACCUAUAUGACUUUUAAAACUCA